ACGCUAUAUAGUAAUGGCGCUAUUACAUGUGUGCGUUGUACGGAAGGAGAAAGUUCAGUAGUUAAUCCUACGUAUUCUUCUUCGUUCUUUCGCUGUGUUCGAGUUAGAUGCGUAGAGUAGUUAUUGUUUGUGUCAUUGGAGGCAGCUGUUUAUUUCCUAUUUGUUUCUGCAUAUUAUAAAAUAUACUAUUUUUCUUCAAGGUACUACAUUACAGUAACCUACUUCUUGAAAAUCAAGCUGCUUAGCUGACCACGGGAUGGCAGAAGCCCACUCAGCUGUUGCGUUCUCCUUCUCUAUCACUCACGAAGGCUGGGAUGUCAACUUUGAUCGGGAAGUCCUGCACCUGGUCUGGCAGUCUGGAAUUCGCUCGUGGAAGAAACGGCUUGCUAGAUUCAAGAAUAAUAUCAAGAAUGGGAUCUAUCCAGCUCCAUUACAGAGCCUUUGGGCAAUUGUUGCCAUUUUGGCAGCAGUGCACUUCGCUAAAUACGGGAUAAUUCACACGUCUGUCCAUAUAGUCUUGAUGCUGUUGCCAGCGUCAACGCUGCUGUGGGAGCUAGUGGCAUGUACGCUACUGGGCUUGAUUGUUUGGCUUGCAAUAAUCUACUCAAUUCGCUACUUGCUCAAGAUACUUCUCAUGUACAAAGGCUGGAUGUAUGAGCAGCGAGGGAAGGGUCGUGUCAUUUCCAGGUGUACCAUGAUUUGGUUCCUUUUUGUAAAAAUUCUCUCCGGUGGUAGCAAGCCGUUGCUCUACAGCUACCAAGGGUCUCUUCCACGCCUGCCCCUUCCGUCUCUCAAGGACACCAUGAGCAGGUAUCUGCGGGGUGUGCGACCUCUGCUGAGUGAAGAAGAUUAUUCGAGGAUGCACAAGCUUGCUAGUGAAUUUGAGAGAGGAAUUGGUGCCAAACUGCAGCGUUACCUUGUUCUCAAGUCAUGGUGGGCUACUAACUAUGUGUCAGACUGGUGGGAGGAAUAUGUGUACCUGCGUGGUCGCUCCCCUCUUGUCGUCAAUUCAAACUUCUAUGGUAUUGACGCUAUCUUGAUCAACCCUGUACGUACCCAAGCAGCACGUGCUGCAACUGUCAUCAGCAUCUGUUUGCAGUUCCGUCGCCUCAUUGAACGCCAGGAACUGGAGCCUAUAUUGAUCCAAGGGCUAGUGCCAUUGUGUUCGUGGCAGUAUGAACGUGUAUUUAACACGACCAGAGUUCCUGGAAUGGAGACAGAUCGCAUAGUUCACCACACAGACUCAAAACACAUUGUUGUAUAUCACAAAGGAAGAUACUUUAAGGUGUUCAUAUAUUUUCGUGGUCGCAUCCUCAGAUCUUGUGAAAUUCAAAUGCAGCUUGAGCAGAUACUGUCUGAUGAAUCACUGCCAGCCAAAGGAGAGGAAAAGUUGGCAGCUUUGACUGCAGGAGAGCGAACAGCUUGGGCAGCAGUGCGCCGGGAAUUCUUUUUCAAGGGGUUGAAUCGUCAGUCGCUGGAUGCCAUUGAAAAGGCUGCCUUUGUAGUUGCAUUGGAUGACUUCCCUUAUGAGUUUGAUGAGCAUGACCCAAGUAAAUUGGACCACUAUGGACAAAUUCUACUGCAUGGGAAGGGAUAUGACCGUUGGUUUGACAAGUCCUUCACACUCUGCAUUGGCUCCAAUGGACGGAUUGGCUUCAAUGCAGAGCACUCAUGGGCGGAUGCAGCCGUCAUGUCACAUGUCUGGGAGUACAUCAUCAUGGAGGAGGAGACGUCUCUCAUUGGAUAUGGAGAAGAUGGGAGAACAAAAGGUACCCCAGAAUUCACACCUCCGGCGCCUAUCAGAUUACAGUGGAAUCUCUUGCCACCUUGCAUUGCUGCAAUUGACUUGUCAUAUCAGGUAGCGUUGAGCCUGCUGAAUGACGUAGACCUGCGAGUUUACAUGCACAGUGCAUAUGGAAAGGGUUUUAUGAAGGAGUGCCGCAUAAGUCCAGAUGCCUUUAUACAAAUGGCUCUUCAGCUGGCUUAUUAUAGGGAUGCUGGCCGGUUUAGUUUGACGUAUGAAGCAUCCAUGACGCGGCUGUUCCGUGAGGGGAGGACUGAGACUGUACGUCCUUGCACCAUUGAGUCAGUAACAUGGGUCCGUGCUAUGCUUGGAAACGUUGCGUCGGUGGAGGAGCGUGUGCGGUUGCUGCAAAUUGCAUGCAAUGUACAUCAGGUAGCAUACCAGGAUGCUAUGUGUGGUAAGGGAAUUGACCGUCACCUUUUCUGUCUGUAUGUGGUAUCUAAAUAUCUGGAGGUAGACUCUCCAUUUCUCAAAGAGGUGCUGAGUGAACCUUGGCGAUUAUCUACAUCCCAAACACCUCAUGGACAGACACCAAAACUUGACUUGAAGAAGUAUCCUAGAUGCAUCUCUGCGGGAGGAGGUUUUGGUCCUGUUGCAGACGAUGGAUACGGAGUGUCAUAUAUCAUUGCAGGAGAGGACCUCAUCUUCUUCCACAUCACAAGCAAGCGGAGCUCGCCUGAAACUGACUCAAGCCGCUUUGCAGUGCAUAUACAACAGGCACUGUCAGACAUAAAGAGUUUGUUCCUAGAAUGGAGACAGCUCCAGCAACGACAGAAGAAUCAGAAGCAGUAAUGUUGUACAUGCUUAGGGACCCAGCAGCAGGCAUUCCACGUGACUGAGCGGCAGUGCGCAGCGUGUUCUCCCGAAUCUCUCGUCUUGUUUAUCUUUUGUUGAGAUUGUUUUAUUCACUGGAGAAUUUGUUUGGAUCUGCAGAAUCUGUACAGAAAUAGAACUUUUUCCUUUGUAAAUCAUGCACCAUGAUACUUUACUUAACACAUUUACCCCUAUAUUCCAUUCAGUUUAUUUGUUUACUGCUGCUUUUACUGGACUAGUGUAGGUCAGAUAGCAACAUGUCAUUGGAAGAGCACAUAGUCUUCUCAUCUGUUGCUAGAUGGUGCAUGUGCUUACCUUUUAUGAUUCCUUGAGCAUGUAUAGGUUUCAUUUCUUUGCCGUAUAUUAGCAAAAUAUUCUUGUGCUGCUAAAAAUGGCUGGGCUGAGAGGUAAGCCAGCAGUAGAGUUUGUGGGGGUGAGCAUGUUCAUGUGUUAUGGAGUAUUAUCAGUGGUUCUUGUUUAUAAGGUCCUACCCUAACAGGUCUGUUUCACAUAAAACACAGGAAAUGUUUAAAUGCUGUACUCUCUCCUUACCUGUAUCAUGACAUCAUAUGUUGCUUCUUAUCUCAUCUCAAUAACCAGUGGGUUCUUUCCAGAGAACCUGAAUUUUGGUGCAUAUUGAAUCUUUAUGUAUUUAUAUUAUGCCUUGAAAAGAAGAUUUUUUUUGUAAAUCUUUUACCUUUUAAAGUAAUUGUUUUAUUUUAACUUCUUGUCCAUUUUUAAGCUGGCAUUGUGCAUGACAAUUUGUUAGGAUGAAUCGUGUUGUGGAGUGAUAUACCAUUAUGCCCUGUUGUGAAAAAUUUAAGGUCAGAGGGAAUUUGAAGAGUAGGCAGGAUAGAACUACAAUGACUUCGUGUGUGUGGGACCCUGUGUUUCAUUCAUAUGCCCCUCCCUCAUGUAAAUUGACUCUUACAAAUGUAAAUCAAUGCAAUUUCAACAUGCAACUGAUCAAUGCAAUAAUUGUUGUUGACUGUUAUAGUAUAAUUUUCCUUUUUAAGUAAUGCUUGAACUUUGAUGUUGGAAGUCCUAUUUUUAAGUAAGCAACAACGAAUCUAGUUAAAAAGCAUAUUGAUUAUGAACAGAAAGACUUGUUUCUGUGACAGUUUCAUCUCACACAUGUCUUGUGUCUUGCUUACAUUCCAGUGAUGGCAGUUGCAAGUAAUGUAAUAUAACAGCUGGAAACUAACAGGAAUAGCAAAUGAUCUAGUAACAGUAAAGUUUCUGUUGAAUAAUUGAAGGAAAAGCAUGAUACAGUCAUCAUGUCUGAUCAUUUUACCACAAAACUGUUAUUUCAUUUCUAUAAAUAUUUUAUCAAGUUAUAUCUAUGAAAUUGUGACAUGAAGUACUUACAUGCAGCAAAUACUAUGGUCAUCCAGAUUUGACCCAAACUUUUAAUCAUACCAUGCUUUGUAAACCAUCUUAUUUGUUUUAUGUUCUGUAUUUUUCUUGAGGUACUCUCCAUCUGCAUAUUUACACUAGUUUCAUCUGUGCAGGUUAGAAUUUUUAGGACAAAAAUCAAAAAACUACUGAAAUUCUGGAUCAAAUCUGAACCACCCUUGUACUCCUAAAUCCUCUCAUUCUUACUGGGAAAUUUAUUCCCUACCUUAAACCUUUGACUGCUGAGGAUUUCUGCUUUGUGUGUUGGAAGAAACAUACAAGUACGUAAAUUCAAAUGCUUGUAAAACGAUGGUAAGUAUGUACAGUUUGUCACUGGCCAUACAAAUAUCAUUAGAAGAAUUAUAAAAUUCUGUACAUUACAGGGGAAGAGAGAUGCUGUGAUAUGCAUAAACCCACACGGUGGUCAAAGGUUUAAUUUAAAGCAAUUUUUCUCCAUAGUGAAUGAACCUUAUGUCCAGAAUUUUAUUCCUGUUUAGUAAAUGGAGACUUCUCAGAUUUUUAUACACAAAUACUACUUAUUGUUAUACUAAAUACAUAAGUUACUUAUAAUGUUGGCUUUAAGGGAGUUUCUAGCUUGUUUUCUCUUUUGUGAUGAAAGUUUUUUUGAAAAAUGUUGGUAAAACAUUGAUGUAUUUCUGCUGCUUUGUACAUAUUUACAGACAAGUCUUUGUGAAAAGAGUUCAGAAGAUACAGUCAUAUCAUUGCCAUGGUGAAGGUGUUUGCAUCAUAACAUGUGAAUGCAUAAUGGUGUUGGUGUUAGUUCAUUAUGUAAGGCUCAAGGUGAACAAAUUUUCUACAGUACACAAAAGUUCAAAGUGUGCAAAGAAACUAUGAGGAAGAUUUGUACAUGUGAUUACUGUUUUCAGCAUUACCUCUUUGUUUCUAAGGAAAAUAAAUUUUAAAGAAUCUUUAUGUUGUAAA